AUGGUUUCCUUUACGAAACUUGCUUCUGCUGCCUUGUUGGCAGCUACCGUGCUUGCGGACGAUGAUGGAGUCAAGCUCUACUCCAAGGAUGAGCUUACCGUCGGUGCUUGCCAAGUGAUUUUUAAAAAGAAUGUUAUUUUCUUUAAGAAAGAUAAGGCAGGUUUCUGUAACGUCAAGAACCAGCCUGCUUUGGGAACCAUGGCCAUGUGCUUAAAUGUCAUGCCUCACAAGCACGCCAUUGACUACUUUAUCGAAGACGUAUGUGCUCCAUUCAACUUGACCCACGAAGCUUUCUGGGCAUCUUACGAGAACGCUACCAAAUUCGCUGUCAAGAACCUCACUGCUGUACCUGGUUUCAACAUUACCAAGCCUUUCUACUACCCAGUUGCUUUCAAGAACAAGACCCUCAAAGGAGCUUACGACUCUCAAAUUGGUCGUUACUUCAACUACAACAGAGCCAAUAUCUACUCGUGGAUCCUCUUGGGCUACUGGUUCUUGUUGGUUGCCGUUGCUGGUGUUUGCAGACUCACUUCUCACAUGGCUCCAAAGCUUGCCCAGUCGUUCAACGGUAAAGCAUCUAACUUGUACAGAAAGUAUAUCACCUUGCCAGCCUUGAUUGGACGCAAGAAAACUGAGCACCUUCGCUUCUUUAAAGUGUUCGAGGCCGUUGUUCCUGGCAGAAUCGAGACCAUCUACAUCUUCGUGUGGUUUGUAUUGUGUGUUAUUUUCAACACCAUAGACUACAAGCAUGACUCUCCAAACUCCAUCUGGAAGGUUGAAGCAGCCGAAAUAGGUAGAAAGAUCGCCGACAGAACCGGAAUCAUGGCUCUUUACUUCAUUCCUCAAUUGAUCUUGUUUGCUGGAAGAAACAACUUCUUGCAGUGGAUUUCCGGAUGGAGCUUUGCUAGAUUCAAUGUCGUCCACCACUGGUACGGAAGAACCACCUUCAUCCUUAUGUUGUUGCACGCUGUCGGUAUGACUUACAACGGUAAGAACAUUGGUGCUGGUAAGUACGAUGCUCGUAAUGCUAAACCAUACGUCAGAUGGGGUUACGUCGCUACGAUUGCCUGUGCUAUCAUGUGUGUUCACUCUCUCUCGGCAUUGAGAAAGAGAAACUAUGAGGGAUUCCUUUUGUUCCACAACAUCAUGGGUGUGAUCGUGAUUGCCGGUACCUGGAUUCACGUUGCAGAUGACGCCUUCCAGACCACCAUGUACGCUGCUACUGCUGUGUGGGCUUUCGACAAGACAAUCAGAUUAGUAAGAUUGGCCUGGUUCGGUGUUAGAACCGCCGAGGUCCAAUUGAUUGCUGGCGAGACCUUGAAGGUCAAGGUUCCAAGACCAUCACACUGGAAGCCGUUCCCAAUGGCCCACGCUUUCAUUUACUUCUUUAGACCAUCUUGCUUCUGGCAGUCUCACCCAUUCACCAUUGUUGACUCUGCUGUUGAAGACAACACCAUCACUUUCUACAUUAAGGUCAAGGGAGGAAUGACUCACGGUUUGUACCAGUACUUGAGCACUCAGCCUGAGCAGAAGGCACUUAUUAAGUGUUCUGUUGAGGGUCCAUACGGAACUAAGCAGCCAUUGCAACAUUACAGCACUGUGGCCUUCCUUUCUGGAGGAAAUGGUAUUCCAGGUUUGUACGCUGGUGCUUUGAACCUUACCAAGAAGUCCACCAAUCAAAAGUUGAAGUUGUACUGGAUCAUUCGUCACUGGAAGUCUGUGGAAUGGUUCUACGAGGAGUUGCAGAGAUUGCAAUCCACCUCUGUUCAGCCAAUUGUUUACGUGACUGAUUACAACACUCCAUUGGAGCAGUGUUUCAUUGAGAAGUUCGAGGAGAGCGAUGCCUCCAGUGAAGAGAAGAAGUCUACCGAGGAGACCACCACCGACCACGUUGCCAGAUUGAAGAGCAAGUUGUCGUUUGUUGACUUCAGAGCCGGCAGACCAAACGUCGAGUCCCUUAUUAAGGAGGAGAUUGCUGAGUCAAGCGGAUCUAUUGCAUUUGUUGCAUGUGGCCACAACUCAUUUGUUGAUGAGUCUAGAAAGGUUAUCGUCGAGAACUUGCCUGAAGGAAAGAGAGUUGAUUUCUACGACCAGAUGCAGACGUGGUAA